UGUUACAAUUUAGACGAUUGCGGCCUAUUGGCUGUAAAGAUGCGUCAUUGCAAUAUGCGCAGAAGACAUGCUUGUAGGCCUUGAUAGCCUUAAGAGAGAUGAUUGGGAACAGAAUGGGCGUAUGGUUGCCACAAAGCGCAGUUUGUGUUUCUGUGGUAUUGGUGGUUUCCGGGCAAGUGUCGACGAAAACAGCGAUGCGGAAUAUAGUCCGAGUCGCUUUACUUGGCCCUGCCACACAAACAUCUGUACACGACUGGGCAACUACUUUGGAGCAUCGAGGCCAGACUGAUGUCAUUCUUUUGGACUUCGGUAAAAGUAUGGUAUGAUUGUACGUGUUGUUGAUAUUUUGAUGUUAGGAGAUGUUUAACUGUCAAUAUGUCAAUAUUAUAGGCCUACUGUCCUCUUUUUCCGAGGAAUGACAGAGGUGGCGUGCAGUCUGUGUUACGGUCGCUAUCGUGCAAAUACAAAUCACGGGUUGGGCUCACGUCACUCGUGGAAUUUGCACUCUUGUAUGCACGGUGAAUUCAACCCAGGCUGGGUUGGGAUGGGUUGGGCUUGGUAGUUAGUUACCCUUGAGUACCUGAAGUGCUGUUACUAAAGAUUGAAAUGAAAUGAGACACGGGCCCAAUUCAGGCCAUGCUAUCGUCGACGUCGGUUCAUUCGAUUCAUUGUGGACCCGCAGAACAACCUGUAGUCAAACUAUACACAGAGUUACAGUGAGUCUUCAGGAUGAAGCUAUUACUGAUCAUCGUGGCUAUCCUAUUCGUCACCGGGCUAAGCCAAGCCUGUUGCCCCCCACUCUGGUCUCAGUUCCGGGGUGGGCGAUGCUAUCGUUACGUCGGCAUCCCAUUGACAUGGUUUGAAGCCCGCGAAUACUGCUACAAUCUUAACCCUGGAAAGUCCUUCCUUGUGACCGUCAACUCGGAGGAGGAGGCCACCCAUAUCCACAAGAUCUUCGAGGAGAAUGGAGCUGAGAAGGCCGUUUCAUACUGGAUCGGGCUCCGAGACUUCCAUUGGAACCAGAGGAGGUUUGAAUGGGACGACGGAACCCUCUUCAAGGAUAGCAGCUACACCUUCUGGCAGCCCGGUGAACCCAAUAACCAUGGGGAAUUGGAUUGCGUUGAGGUGUACCGGUCCAAUCGUCGUUGGAAUGACCAUGGCUGCCUGGUCUACAAGCGUCCCUUCAUCUGUGAGAUGAAACGUCAAAACUAAACUUUUGUUACGAAUGUUGAACACGUAUCACUUUUCCUACAUUCUUAACAAUAGAAAUUUCGAGAUAAUUUGAACUUCAGCUACAUGCGAACGAUUAUGUACCUUGAUAAUGUAAAAACGAUAUGAUUUGGGGAAGUUAACGAACAGUAAGAGGCGUACCGUACCGUUCAGAAUAACUACUUUGAUAAUUGUGCACACUGAUGGAUUGUCUUUGAUGUGAAAGGGCAACGGAUAGAAGUGAUACUAAAUCACUGCAAUUACGUCUAAAUGACUAUUUUUCAAAAAUCUUUGGACAUUAUUUCAGGAUAUAAUCACCAGUGUAUUAAAAUUAAACUUGUAUUAUCCUUUCGACCGAAUCAAAGUAUUUUUUCCUAUCCUAAGUGUCUACUCAGUUUAGAAAAAAACACCAAUGUUUUGACAUAUUUACAUCAACAUUAAUGAUGACAAAUUCACAUCCCAUUUCAUGGCAGUCGGUUCUUUUAGUAAUAGUGGAUUGAACGAUAUUUGGUAAUGCUCAAGAAACAGUGGAGUGCCGUUUUCAUUUUUUUUUAAAUCUAGUUAUUGUUUUCACCACUUCAUUGUUUAAGAAAAUGCUCCGGGAAGAAACUUUAUCAGUUUUGACGUUGUAAAUGUUCAAUUCAAUUUCGAACGUUUAUAUAUACUUCACUAACCAUAACCGAUUAAAAUGCUAGCACCAUAUGCACUUUAUUUCUUAUACUGUUUGCAAUUGUAAACAGAUGCUAAAGUCAGUGUAGACGGUUAUGUAUUAUUUUUUAAUUAAAAUCAAUUUUCAAUUCAAAAACAAUUGUGAUUGCAGUAAUGAAAACCAAGUUGUUUCUAUAU